AUGGUCGACGCCGACGCGUCGCUCGCGGAGCGGCGCUGCUGGUGGCGCGAGCGGUUCAACGACGAGUUCGGCCGCUGGGACUACGAGGGCGCGGAGCACGCCGUCGCGGCCGUGCUCGCGCGGCUCGGCGAGGAGUCGCCGCCGUUCCACGGCCUCGUCGGCGAGGGCCAGGGCGGCGAGCUCGCGGCCAUCGUGCUCGCGAUGCAGAUCCGGAACGAGUUCCCGCCGGGCGUGCCUAAAAGCCUGCGCUACGGCUGGAUCCAGAACGCGUCGAGCCCCCGGGACGCGCAGGCGGGCAAGGCCCUGAAAGACAAGGAUGUAUUACGGAACCGGCCCGGCGGCGUGCCGUCCAUCCUCGUCACGGCCUACGUGCGCGACGACGCGUCGGACCCGCGGACGACGGGGCCCUGCCACCUCAGCGAGCGCCUCGGCUCCGUCUUCGCGGCGCAGUAUUGGGGCGAGGACGGCGCGCCGACGUGCCUCCUGCCGCCCGAGGACGCGCGCGAGGACGACGUGACGGCCUUCGUCCAGUCCUUCUUCGCGCCGGGCGCCGACGACCGCAUGCGGCGCAUGUGCGCGGCCUGCGGCGCGCGCGCCAAGUUCUCCUGCGGGUCCUGCAAGGCCGCGCGCUACUGCUCGCGCGAGUGCCAGAAGGACCACUGGGGCCUCCACAAGGACGACUGCGCCCCGGCGGCGGCGGCGCUCGCGGCGCGGGACGCGGCGACGGCCGCGGCGCUCCGGAAGGCCGCGGACGACGCGAUCGGCCCGGACCUCGGCGAGCGGCCGGACCGGUCGCCCGGGGAGUUCGUCCGGCUCACGGACAUGUUCGAGGAGCUCGAGCGCGAGCAGGAGGCGGCCCUCGGCAUGACGCCGCCCGACGACGCGCCGCCCGUGGACCCCAAAGUCUACGAGGAGCGCCACCCGUCCGACGACGAGUCCGACGGCGACGACGGCUACGUCGUCGACACGUUCAUGACCCAGGGCGCCGAGGAGGCCAAGGGGCCCGUCGAGGUGCUGAUCGAUUUGUGUCAAGCCAUGGCCAAGGACAAGGCGUCGACGCGCAAGCCCCGCCGGCGCAACGCCCGGGCGCGCGACGACGGCGGCACGCGGCGCGCGACGGAAGCGACGCCGCCCGUCCGGGCGUCGAAGCGACUGUCCGUGCAGGUGUCCGCGGCCGCGUCCGCGUUCCUCGUCAACUUUAGGCUCCGGCUCGACGCGAUCGCGUCGAUCUUCGUCAACUACCACGAGGAGCGCGAGGCCUUGGUCGAGAAGACCGAGGCCGCGGACCUCAUCGAGCAGAACGUCGCCGAGAUGAUGGGGGUCGUGUACCGCGGCGCGUCCCCGCGCACGGAGUGGAAGGACGACGCGUCCGCGGAGGACGAGGGCCGGUCGCGCAAGCACCUGUCGGCGCGCGGCGCCGCGACGCCCCCCGACGGCUUCGGGGCCACGUCCAUGUUGCUCAUCCAGUUCGUCGUGCUCCCGCGCAAGAUGGGCACGGGCCGCGACUCGCUCGAGGCCGCGGGGCCCCUCGAGGCCGCGCCGCCGGCGCCGGCGCCGCGCCGCCGCGCCGCCGCGUCCAAGAAGCGCGUCGUCGACGACGCCGACGCGGACGACGAGGACGAGGCCUGGGAGCCGGGCCGGCCGUCGAACAUGGACCUCGACGACGACGAGCAGGAGCAGGCCGCGAAGGCCAAGCGCAAGCUCAAGCGCCGCUCCAAGAAGAAGUCGGCCAAGGCCAAGAACGCCGCCGGCGCCGCGCCCCACGCGCCGGUCUCCGCGCCGCCCGCGGCCGCGGCCGCCGCGCCGCCCGAGCCCUCGACGACGAUCGCGCCCGCGGCGACGCAGCCGGUCCCGGCCCCGGCCGCGGCGGCCGCGCCGCCGCCGCGCCCGCUGCCCAAGAUCCGCGUCUUCCCGCAGCUCUCCGAGGUCCAGAAGGCGCGCCUCCGCAUGAAGGACCAGGAGCACAUCCGGCGCGCGGCGCGGCUCCACGCGGCCGUCACGCAGGAGCAGGAGCGCAACGCGUUCCUGGAGCGCAUCCAGGCCGAGGAGGUCCGCCGCGAGCAGGCCCGCAUCGCGGCCGCGCGGCCCGUGCCGCCGCCGCCGAACCGCGCGACCGGCGCGGACGACGACAGCGACGAGGGCUGGGAGGAGAGCGACGAGGACGAUCCCGUCGAGGACCUCAUCCACCGCGAGCGCAUCCGCGAGCGCGACCUGCUGCGGACGCCCGGCUGCCUCGCCCUCGGCCGCAAGGCCUUCCGCCUCGAGGACAUGCCGCGCGUCACGGAGCGCGACCGCGAGAUCCUGCGGCGCGUGCUCUACAUCCUCCGCGAGGCCGAGCGGCGCAACUGCGGCGAGCUCGAGGUCCCGCGGCCGCGCGAGUGGGCGCUCUCCGAGCUCGGCGACACGAUGACGACGGAGGCGAUCCGCGCGCGCUUCGACCUGCGGCGCGACGACGGCGUCUUUUUUUGUGUGCGCCUCCAGCGCCUCUUCCCGAACCACGACUUCCGCCUCUCCUGGUCCGUGCGCUUCAACGUCGUCGUCCAGACCAUCGACGCGAUCGCGCUCGACUCGAACCUCGAGCUCACGCGCGUCGACAUGGAGGUCCGCCGCUCCACGGUCGGCGUCUACGAGGACUCGCUCGCCUGCCAGCUCCUGGGCCAGACCUACUACGUCCACCCGGACAAGACGAUCAAGAUCACGGUCGACCUCGUCGUCACGAGCGAGGUCAUCGGCGCGUUCCCGCGCACGGCCCCGAGCCGCGCCGAGGUCCAGAUCAAGGAGCUGGGCUUCCACUUCGUCGACCCGCUCGCGCCCAUCGCGGAGAAGGAGAUCGUGCCGCGCGUCCGCGUGUUCAUCCCGUACCUCGGCAUCGAGGGCUGGAUCAGCAUCACGUUGGACGACGGCCACCUCAUCGUCGAGCUCAAGUACCUCCAGGCCAUGCACGUCAAGAACCGCAUGCUCAAGAAGUGCUGCUACACGCUCUACCUCCUCGAGCUCGCGGACAGGCUCCGGGGCGAGGCCUCCCGCGAGACCCUCAAGACGGCGCGCAAGAACGUCGUCGAGGCCGAGGGCGAGUACCAGCUCGCGCUGUCGAACUACCGCCAGAUGGAGCUCUGGUGCUUCUUCAAGCUCGACAUGGCCCUGCUCGCGCGCCCGACGCUCGCGGGCGUCAUCCGCAAGUUCGCGAACGCGAUCGCGCGCAAGGCCGCCGAGGCCCGCGGCGAGACCUUCGUGCCCACGCCCUACGACGAGACGGCCGUCGACGCCGUCGUCGUCACGGCGGUCUCGGCGCCGGCGGGCCCGCCGCUCAAGGCGCUCGAGGCCAUGUCGGCCAAGGAGUGCACCGCGGAGCUCGACGCCGCGGGCGUGCCCAAGAAGGGGCGGAACGUGACCAGCCACGGCGUCACGACCGCCACCGUCCGCGACCUCGUGCGCCGCCUCCGCGCCGGCGAGCCCGCGGCGACGAUCAAGGUCCCGCGGAAGCCCAAGUCCGCGGAGGAGCUGUUCGUGCUCGACAAGGCGGAGCAGCUCGCGUGCCGCGCCACGCUCGUCGCGGACGGCGCGAAGAAGGUCGUCUUCCAGUACGGCCGGCCGGGCAACGGCACGGACUACCUCGUCGCGCGCUGGCGCGGCCUCGCAGAGACGGACCCGCUGCGCCUCGAGUUCGACGAGCUCGCGCGGCGCGACGUCGCCGCGGCGGCGGCCGACGAGCUGCCCGUGGACCGGCUCCAGCGCGCGCCCGACCCCGGCCUCGUCAACAUGCCGACGAUCUGGCCGCGCAUGCGGUACGCGCAGCCGGAGUGCGGCGUGCGCUACCCCUACGGCUCCAAGCUCGGCCUCUUCAAGGGCCGCGUCGGCGGCGGCUGCUUCGGCUGCUGCGUCUGGGCCCAGUGCGCCGCGCGGCCCGAGGAGUUCCCGAACCUGCUCAAGGCCCUGGCGACGGUCGACGUCAACGACAUGGAGACGCUCCGCGCGCGGGCGCGCAUGUGCUACCGCGUCAUCCGCGACGCGAAGCGGCGCAUCGCGAACCAGCCGCCGCGGGCCGAGGACGACGACUGCCCCGCGUACUACGGCGUCGACUACGUGGUGGCCAACGGGAAGCCCGUCUGCCGCUUCACGGAGGCGCUCCGGUCGCUGGAGAACGCCUUCUCCGAGUUCAUGCCGGAACGCUUCUACGGCAUCACCGACUUCCACGUCCCCGAGGGCAAGUUCCAGGCGCUCGCCCAGAUCCCGGGCUCGGGCAACGUCUCCAGCGGCCGCAUCGUCUUCGGCACCUACGACUCCAAGGUCGAGGCCGCGGCGCACUUCAACAUCGGCACGACGGUCAUCGGCCAGAUCGUCUCCAUCCAGGAGAAGCACCGCAUCUCCGAGGUCGUCGUCGCGCGCAUCGAGGAGGUCAACGUCGCGCGCGCCGAGGCCGAGAAGCCGCUGCCGCCGCUCCACGUCGCGGGCGUGUCGCGGCGCCUCGAGCGCUACAAGGCCGACUUCGCGCUCCAGCUCAAGGAUUUGGCGUACGUCGAGGCCGCGGACGAGGCCUACCUGCGCGACCAGGCCGCGGCGUUGGCGCCGCCCGAGCCCAUGCCCGACGGCUCGCGGCCGCCGAUCGACGCGCACUCGCGGCGCGUCGCGCGCGCGGGCCUCGCGAACACGUUCGAGCGCAUGAUCGAGCGCCGCCGCGACCGCGCCGCGCGCGAGCGCGAGGAGGCCCAGGCGCGACGCCGCACCGCCGCGUCCACGGCCGCCGUCGCGAACUUCUACCGCGACCCGUGCGGCCUCCUCGAGCCGCGCGCGCUCGCGCCGCCGGGCCAGCCGCGCCGCGUCGCCAAGCUCUACGUCGUGCCCAACUGCGAGGUCGUCACGCCGCCGCCGCCGCCGAUCUACCACGUCACGGAGAACGGCGAGCGGCUCCUCGUGCUCUACGCGACGCGCGUGCAGCGGCCGCUGAUCCCCGCGAUCCAGCAGGUGCACAAGCAGCGCGCGGAGUUCCUCUCGCUCUUCGACGAGUCGGAGGUCGAGAUGGCCGCGGCCAUGUUCGACUCGCGGCCCAUCGAGAUCGCCCGGCCGCUGCUCUUCGAGUCCGAGGAGGACGCGGAGCGCCGCGCCGAGCCGGCCGCGCCGAAGCGCAAGCGCAAGUCGCGCAAGAAGAAGCGCAAGGCCGCCGCCGCCGCCGCCGCCGCCGCCGCCGCGGAGCGGGGCGACGAGGCGGCGCCCGCGGCCGACGGCGCCGCGGCGGAGCCCGUGGCCGCGCCCGAGGCGCCCGCCGAGGCGCUCGCCGAGGCGCCGCCGGCCGCCGCGCCGGCCAAGAAGAAGAAGAAGAAGCGGUCGCGCCGCCGCGGCCCCGCGCCGCCCACCGAGAUCUCCGAGUACGAGCGCACGCGCAUGCGCAACAUCGCCGCGGGCAACAAGAAGCUCUACUCGCUCGGCCUCAUCCACCCGCCGCCGGAGGUCGUCGCCGACCCCGAGCACUCCUGGUGGUCCGAGCGCGCGAGGACCCGCGUCUUUUUUGUUUCGCGCCUUCGACGCGCGCUCCCGCAGGCCCAGUCGUGA